UGGGCUCCAUGGUAACGCAGCUCUGACAGCUUGAUGGAGAAGCAGUGAGGGGCGGGGCUUAGCAAAGGGUCAAAUCGUUGCGUUCUUUGUUUCAGAGCAAUAAAGCCAGCUCUCUUCAACUUCUUCAGACGCUUCCUCUCACACAUGUAGCAGCAAAUGUCUUCUGAAGUGUCACUGGUUUUGUAACUGUCGUACAGUUACUAGUUAAAUGAACACAUCAACUAUUAAUAUCAGAAGGCAUGAAAAUAUCAGUGGUGUCAACUGAGGACCUUGGUCGAACCCCAUGCGUCUGGUUUAAGGUCGCUUGAGGUUAAUACGACAGAUCAACACACACAUACAUCACAUAUUUUAGUACAUUCCCAUAUAACAUGAUUAUGAUCCUGUAAUUGGAAUGCCUUUGCACCCACUGUUAGUAAUAGAAGCAAGUGACCGACCGCAGCUGGAGGUUUAUGCACACUGGGGAUGAACUGAAAGUGUGUGUGUCUGUGUGUCAGGGUACAUGUGCAGUCCCUCUGUAUUGGACAAGGAUGGAGUGAGUGCUGCAGCCAUAGCAGGAGAGAUGAUUUCCUAUCUGGCCACGAAAAGCUCAAGCCUUUCUCAACAAGUCACUGCCAUCUAUGAAGAGUACGGCCACCACAUCAGCAAGAACUCCUACUUCAUCUGCCACGACCAGGAUGUGAUCCGCAGCUUGUUCGAGCGCCUGCGCAGCUACGGCGGCCAGAAGGACUCGUAUCCCACUGAAUGCGGCCGCUUCUCCAUCUCUGCUGUACGAGACCUGACCACCGGCUACGACAGCAACCAGCCCGGUAACAAGGCUGUCCUUCCCACCUCCAGCUCCAGUCAGAUGAUCACCUUCACCUUCUCCAACGGGGGUGUGGCCACCAUGAGGACCAGUGGCACGGAGCCAAAAAUCAAAUACUACACUGAACUCUGUGCUGCUCCUGGCAACAGUGACGUGACGCACCUGAAGAAGGAGCUGGACGACUUGGUCGACGCCAUUGUUGAAAGCUUCUUUGAGCCCGAGAAGAACAAGCUGCAGCCCAAGCCGGAGUAGAGCGCCGACAGACCCCCCCCCCCACACACACACACACACUGUUCUACUGCCACACUCAUUCCUGCUGUCUCCCUGUGGUGUUUACAUGCACACAUUUCUGUAUAUUAAGUAUGCAUCCCCCCCCC